UAUGGUUGAAGUUAGAUUGGAAUAGAGGUUGUAAUAGUUGUUUAGUUUGUGUGAUUUUGGAGGAUCUAUACCAAUUUGAGAUUUCAGAGAUUAUUGAUUGUUGGAUUAUUAGCCAUGGAAUUGUGUCCAAAUUAGAAUUAGCUUGGCAAGAAAAUAGGUGUGUAGUAUUUUCAGGUGAUUGA